ACAUGGCUGCCUCUAUAUCGCAGCAGCUCGAGGAUUUGUUAAACCCUUUACCGAAAUUCGCGGAUCCAGAAGACGACCAGGAUGAAGAGACGAAAGCUAAGGUAAUAGAGAGGUUCGACGAGGGGGAAAAUGAAGACGAAGGUGCUGCUGUCGGCGUGCUGCGGAGGGGAGUCUCUGUCGCUCUCUCUGAGACAGACCGGCGGUACGCGGGGAUGGCCACGUCCCGCAAGCAGCUCCGCCAGGAGGCCGAGGGGUCCGGAGAGGAGGAGGAGGAGGAUGACGAAGAGUAUGAUGAUGAGGGUGAGGACGAUGAAGAGGAUGAUGGAGAAGAGGAUGUUGAUGGUGAGGAUGAGGUGGAGGACGAUGAAGACGAGGAGGCUGAGAGUAGUGGAGAUGACGACUACGACGCGCAAAUGAAAACGGUGGUGAAGAAGAUGAAGGGGACAGACAUCACCUUCCCCGCAGAGACGGACCUCUUCAAGCUGACCGAAGGAAUGGAUGAUCUUGGAGAGAGUGAGGAGGAUGAGGAGGAGGAGGAGGAGCUGGCAGGGGAAGACGAGGAAGAGGACGAAGAGGGCGAGGAUGAUGAUGGUAGUGAGGAAGAGGAGGAGAUGGACGACGACGCUGACGACAGCGGAGCUGUGGUGACAUUUUCGAAAGAAAAAGUCAGCGAUGAAGUGGAAAAAGGGAAGGCAGUAAAAAAUCAGCUAGCUCUCUGGGACCAGCUGCUGGAAGGACGAAUCAAAUUGCAGAAAUCCCUGCUGAUAGCCAAUCAGCUUCCGCAGCCAGCGUCCUUCCCAGAGUUCAAGAGGAGGGGCGGGCCAGAGUUUGCCGCAGCAUUGAAGAACAGUCACAAAGCCCUGAAGGCCCUCCAGAGAUCCCUGCUGGAGCUGCAGGACGAGCUGCUGCACCAGUGCCCCGACACCAGGGCCGUCGUGCUGGGAGAGACCGCAGCGUCCCGCAGCGAGGAUGAAGAGGUGCACAGUGAUCAGGAGGAAGAAGAGGAGACGGAAGAAGAGGCGAGGAGGCCCCCCAAGCGUAAGCUGGAGAUGUCGGAGUACCCCGACUUCAUGGCCAAGCGCUUCGCCACCUUCCAGCCGCACCGCGACGCCACUCUGCAGAAAUGGCACGACAAGACCCGUCUGACCAUGGGCAAAAUGGGCAAGGGCUUUGCUGCUUUCGACAGGAACAUCGUGACGCAGGUGGAGCAGGUGCUGAUGGACAAGGAGAGGCUGCUGCGGCGCACCCAGACCAAGCGGUCCGAGUACCGAGUCCUGGGCCGGGCCGACGCCGCCGCCCCCGCACCGGCCGGACCCUCGGUGGAGAAAGAGGGAGAGGAGGUUGGGCUGAAGGCCAACACGCAUCUCAAAGACCUGGAUGAAGAAAUCUUUGAUGAUGAUGAUUUCUACCACCAGCUCCUCAGAGAGCUGAUCGAGCGAAAGACGAGCGCGGCUGACCCCAAUGACCAGGUGGCCAUGGGCAGACAGUGGCUGGCCAUUCAGAAGCUGCGCAGUAAGAUAAAGAAGAAGGUGGACACCAAGGCCAGCAAGGGCCGCAAAGUCAGGUUCCACGUGCACAGCAAGCUGGUGAACUUCAUGGCUCCUAUUGACCACAGCUCCAUGAGCGAUGACGCCCGGACGGAACUAUACCGGUCACUGUUUGGGAAAAGCUCCUCUUUCAGUGGAACGCCGCGGGAAUGAGGAGGAGACGGCAGGACCGACAGGCAUCACCAGGAGGAGUCAUGCAGGCUGAACUGGGAACCGGGAUCACAAAAACAUGAUCAAGGCAGACUGAUGUAUCCCCUUAUUGGUGCCAAACCAGGAAUAAUGUAGCCAUGCAAAUAAAUGAAGCUACUUAGCACCAGUCUGACAACAAUAAGUGGACACGUCACAAAUGCUUAACUCUUCAUUAAUAACUCUGCUGCGAACCAGGAAAAGCGGUUAAUUAAUGCAGGCUCCGCCCCUUCGUGCUGAUCUGUUCUGUGGCCUGCUCCUUCAGCCGGACUGGCCAGACAGGACUUGUUUCUAACAUCAGAGGGUUCUAAGAUUUCACCGUCAGUUCUGCAGUCUUUCCCCACUCACUGACUCAGUUGGGCAACCCCGGUUGUUAAAAUGUGACCGUGUUUGUUGAGAGCGAACGUUGCUGUGCAUGAAAACUGCGACCUCACUCAGCAGGGCUGGCAGUCCUCCUCGGUCCCAUAAGACUUUGCCGAGGUUCAUGCCACUGUUUGUCGUGGACAUUCUGUGUCAUAAGCACCAAAAAAUGCCCCCACCCAACUGAACAACUAGACCUGUCUGAGUGUUUUUGGGCAGCAAAUG